AUGUUUUCUGCUACCAGCGCCCGUGAUCGCCUUCGAAGAUCCAUGUCGAGUCGAUCGAUGCGCAGGGCCCGCCCAUCCAGAGAUCCUGUGCCCAUCAACGUGAAGAGGAUCGAUACCCAAGCGCUUGCAGCGGCAUCUCGAGCCAUGCGUACGAAUGCAGCUUCAUCUGACUCCAAAGCAUACGAUCGCGUGGGGGGCCCAGCUCAAGUAGCCAUUCCUAAAAGACGACCGGGCUCAAGUCUUCGCUACUCUGAGGAGGAAGCGUCUUUUCUUUCCAAUUAUCUUUCCACGUCCGGCAAUCAUGCCCAAACUUUUGCAAGCCAUGCUGGGGAUUCGGACUGCCCAACUCCAAAUCCGGCUGCAUUGCCCCCCAUCACGGAGCCCCUGGGGUUGGAUGGACGUCUAAACUCUCGGGCUUCAUCGUAUCGCCGGCUGCGCAAAGCCAAGUCCAUGUUUACACCUCGAGGCAAAUCCUCACAGUCAUUCUAUCCUUCUCCAGCGGCGGAGACUCCAAGGAAUGCGUUUGAGCUGGACCGAAGUCAAUUUCAUUUGGAGUUGGACUUGCCUCGAACACUCCGUCCAUCACCGUCGCCCUUCUCCAUCAAACAACAGCACAGUGAUGGUAUCCGUCAUGCAAAGAGCCACGAUGCGGCAAUCGAGCUUGCUCGUAAUCAAUUUGCGGGGGGCUCAGGCAGUCCAGCUUUGAAUCAAAAAGCGUCCUCGUCAUUCUAUCGACGAAACAAAGAGCAAAGAGCCUUUCGGAAAACGCUUCGAGCGGCAAGUGACAAAGCACCUAAUUUGCACUCAUCCCCUUCGGCGAAAUGGUCUUCGCGCAGCAAAUCUCGUAAAUUGUCUGCUUCCAUCAAGAGCAGGUUCCGUCGUGUUUUCGGUAUCUCAAAACCCAUCGAGCAAGAGCCUGUGCAGAUCAGCCUCGAUGCAGAUACUCUCGCGACCCCAGUGCGCGGUCCUCUCAUCGAUACUAAACCAGCGGUGAAUCGUGACAGGAGCUUAGAUCUUUCCACGAUCCCGAGUCCUCUGCAAGCAGAGUCUCCUGGAGGUGCGAGUCUACAUACCGUGACAUCGCGCGUGACAAGCUGGGCGGAUUCAUCGGUUGCAAACACAGUCAAGACGCGCAAUACCCGACACCGCCAAUCAUUGUCGCUAAUUGAAGAACAUGGCGAUCUGAACAAACAUCUGCCUGAGCUCCCUGACCAAGCUCCCGAAACACCGGCUGCUCAAGAGAGCAUACACAGCGGGCUCAACGGUCAAUUGAGCCCCAGUGCCAUUCAGAAUUGGGCAAAUAGCAAUGACCUCUACUCUGCCCUGAUGCAGCAGAUCAGGGAACGAGAUACGCGGUCGCCUGAUGAGGAACUCGUCUUUGGUACGGUGCCGCAGCGUCACGCAAUUCCAGAAAGAUUGUCUUCGAUGCGCAGCAGACACACCGUCCGACGUGUUGCCAGCGAGGAAUCAUCGAUUGCUGGUUCAUUCGCGACCGCUUGUGCACAAAACCUCAAGUCCCCGCGGUGCCGUCAAUCCCAACGCCUCUCGCUGGCUUCGACGGUGACACGAAACGGCAAAAACACGCAGUCGAGUCGACAGGUAGGUGAGAGUUCCGUGAUUCCAAGGUCUUCCGGCACUCUUUUCAGCGGCGAUGAGACCGACGAGGACACUGGAAGCGUUGUUGUGGGUCAUCUCAUCCGAUCAAAAACGCUGGAAGAUUCGCCGAGUAUCUACUCUCGCACAACAAGUGACGAUACCCCCAAAGAGAGCCCCGGUCGAAUGAUCACCGAUAUUCUCGACAAUGAGACUGGCACAGCGACUAUUUUUGCAUCACAAAGAACCACUUAUAGCUCGCCAAACCGAUUGCAUGAUCAUGGCUCUUCCGAAAAGUACCGGCAGCCAAGUGUAGAUUGGCGGAAGUGGAUGAGCACUGAGAUUGGGCGAAUCGAGAAUACAAGCCCGGUCCGAGAACAUUUCCGUGAGGCAGCUCAAGGUGGUAGUGAAGACGAAGACAGAAUCUUUGCGCAAAUGCUCAAGCAACGAGCUGCAUCACAAGAAAAAGACAAGGACGGGAUUUGCUUGCCAACUGAAGAGGAACACAUUGGCGCCGGUCAGGAGCUGAAGCGAAGAUCUUCAAGCCGAAACAACUUCUCUCGCCCGUUCAGUCGAUCUUCAAGCGUUCGUACUGUGCUGCCGUCGCAGGAAUCCCACCCGCUAGCCCACGAGAAUCCCGCUCAACCCUCGAUAGCCGAGGAAGCUUCCAAUUCACCACUUCGAUCCUCUAGCGCACGGCAUGUUUCAGUUCUCCGAACAAUGUCUUCCAACAAGGGUCCAGAGUCUCCCACUCGGAAAGGACGAAGUCUCAACGUACAGAAGCGCCGAUGGACUCAGGAGCAGUAUCGACGGUAUUCUACUCGUCGUCCUCUAACGGUUGGGGCAUCGAGCAAUGUCCGUUCCAUGCGCAGUUACCAGGCGUCUCUCCAAAUGCAUGAUGAAAAUAUCCGACAGCAAGAGGAGUACGAAGAUUUGAUGGAUGAUUACCUCCAACUUCAAGACAUUCACUCCACAGUCUCUAGCAAGCGAAUGGUCGACAUUUUCCUGGAUAGUCGACGUCAGCAAAAGGCGGAAACCGCGCCAAACGACACAAAUGACGGUGAGGCGUUUAUUUAA